UUAACUGCCAGUGCUAGGACUGCUGCUGGCACAGUAUUCACUAUGACUAGUACUGCAGAGAGAAAAUUUAUCAACCUUCGAAAAAGAUUGGACCAGCUAGGCUAUAGGCAGCCACUUGGAAUAGAGUCCUUGCCAUUGGUGGAGAAGCUAUUCAGUGACUUAGUACAUACUACAGAGAGUUUACGUAAUGCCAAGUUAUCAGUUGGGAAAACUGAGAAGGAAAGCAAGAAUUUAGAUGCUGUCCUGGAACCAUAUAAAAGUGAAAAUGCAAGACUUGUCCGAGAAAAUAAUGAGCUCCAUUUAGACCUUUUAAAGUUGAAGGAAGGCUCGGAUCAGCAAAUCAGAGAUCUUAAAGCCACUGUCCGGAAACUUGAACAUGAUACUGCUGAUCUGAAGUUUUUGAAUAACCAGUAUGUACAUAAAGUGAGAAGUCUCGAGAAAGACAGCAAAGCCAAAACAGAAAAGAUUCAGCAACUCCAAGAGAAGAAUCUUCAAGCAGUGGUGCAAACUCCAGGUGGGAAGAAAAGAACCAUACCAUUCAGGCGGCAACGUAUGCAAAUUGACCAGCCUGUUCCUCCUUCCGAGUUAACUUCACCCCCUGUGGCACAGGCUGAUGACCCUUAUAUUGCUGACCUUCUUCAAGUGGCUGAUAACAGGAUUCAGGAACUUCAGCAAGAAGUAAUUCAACUGAAGGAAGAUCUUGAAAGGUCAGAACGUGGGAUAAAGAACCUCAACAAACAGGUCGAAGUGAGGGAUCAAGAAAUAGAACGUUUAGGACAGUCAUUAUGUGGUGGUCGCCCACAUGAUGUUAUCUCUAUUGAAGCUCGAAAUAAAAGUAAUGAAAAACUUAUUGACCAUUUAAAUCUCCAGAUCGAGUAUCUUCAACAAGCUAACCGGGAUCUUGAGAAACAUUUGCAAGAUGCUUUACAGACAAAAAAAAGUGCGACAAGUGAAGUUGUGAACCUAAGUGCUAAAAAUGAAGAAUUAUGCCAGGAGCUUACUGAGAUAGACAAACUGGCUCAACAGUUGGAACGGGAUAAAGAAAUUGUAUUGGAAACUGCAGACCAAGAACUUCAAGAAGCAAAGAAUGAAUUCAGAAGAUGGCAGAAAGAAAUGCAGAUACUUGAAGACACGGUGGCUGCACUUCGAACAGAGUUAUCUGCUUGUCAUGGAGAAAGUGAAAAACUGAGAACUGAUUUAUGUGGUAAAAUGGCUGAAACUGAAAACCUUCACAACUUAAUUGAGCAGAUUGAAAAGGAAAAGCAGAGACUGUCAGAUCGAGUUGAUAAGCUAACUAUUACAGAGAAAGAACUUGUCCUAGAAUUGGAAAGAAUGAGGACACAGCAUGGUAUUUUACACAGAGACAGAUCACCGUCCCGCCUUGAUGCUUUUGUUAAAAGUUUAGAAGAAGAGAAGGAUUUUUACAGAGGUGAAAUGGAGUACCUUCAGAAAUUGGUGAGAGGAAGGCAGAGUCCAUUGCGUACUUCUGGACAGAGUCGUAGCCCAACACGAAGAUCUCCAGCACGGGGUAGUACUCAGGACUCUGACAUUACUCAAAUUAUUAGAGAGAGGGAUGAACUGCGGUCUAUACUGGACAAGGUUGAAAGACACAUGGUUGAAAUCCAGACUAAAGUCAAAGUAUUAACAGCAGAAAAAGAUGAGCUGAACAGGCUGUAUUUACAGACUCGAGAUGAAUUGAACAGAUUGAGAAAAGAAUCUUUAUCUCCUCAGAUGCAGAAGUCUGCUUUAACAGUUCAGACUGCCCUUCAUCAUGUUGAGAAAGAAAGAGACGAGGCUUUGUCUGACCUUAAAAAAAUGGUAGCUGAAAGAGAGACACUAAGAGAAAAAAUAAAGUUUUCCCAAGAGACACAGACCAAUGAAACAAUUAAAUACACAGAAAAAUAAAAUAAAAUGCAUAACACCUUAAGAAUGGUACACAGUAAACGAAAAGAAAUCAAAACUACUGUUAACAUUCUGAAAGAAAAUGUAGCAAUUCUCGAAAGGUAUUUAAAGAUCUCUAACUUACACUGGGGGCAUGAAUUAGAUAAAUCAAGCUCAUACCGACAACCUCUAUUGCAACUUCGGGUAUUGAAUGAACAGCUAGAGAAAUCUCUUGCGGAUGUGCAGCGCCGCUUUUCCGGGAAAACCAAUGAACUUCAAAUGGCUCAACAGCAAAUUGCAAAGCUAGAAGAACGAAUAGAUGAAUUAUGCAUUCAGGAGACCUCUCAUCGAGAAGAAAUUAAUGUGAUGAGAAAUACAGUGUCUGCACUGGACAAAGAAAAGGAUAGCCUUCAAGAGGCAGUUGAUGAGAAGACUGAAAAAAUUGCUUAUUUGGAAGAUAACCUUACUAACAAGGACAAAACUAUAAGCAAUUUGAGAUUAACUCUUUCUGAACUGGAAUCCUCAAUACGACAGAUUCAGGAUACUCUGAGCACCCGGGAUCGUGAGCUGGCUAGUCUGCGCCGCCAACUUGAUUCUGCUCAUCAGGAGCUUAACGAAGUGGGACGGACAAGAGAUAUUUCCCUUAGGGAAAAUAGGAGGCUACAAGAUGAUCUUGCUACUAUGACAAGAGAGAACCAGGCAAUAACUGCUGAGCUAGAAGAAGUCAUGCAUGAAAAAGAUGAGCUGAAGUUAAGAGUUCACAGUUACAUCAGUGAAGUUGCAAGGAUUGAAAGCGUGAUUGCUUCCAAGGAACGGGAGAAUCGUGAACUCCUGGACCAGUUCCAAAUGGCUCACAUUCUAGCUGAAGACUGGGAAGUUAAGGCUCAUCAGGCAGAGGGAGAAAACAGUUCUGUAAGACUGGAACUUCUGUCAGUUGAUACCGAAAGAAAACAUCUGAGAGAGAAAGUGGAAAGUCUAGAAAAACAAAUCCAAGAGUACAUGAAUGGUCAGCAAGCUUAUGAACAUCAAAUUUCUUCCCUGGCUAAGAGCAUGACCAGGUUGGAGGAGGAGCUUAGGCAGGCACACAAUGAGAAGUCUUCCAUAUUAGCUGACAUAGCUUCGGUGAGAGAGCUGUGUGUCAAACUGGAUUCAAGUAAAGAGUUAAUAUCACGUCAGCUCACUUCUAAAUGCAUGGAAUCUGAAAGGGUCAUGGGUGAACUUGAGGAUGUGAAAUCAGAGGCAGAACUCUUAAAGAAACAACUGGCUAGUGAACGCCUUACCAUCAAAAAUCUUGAGACUCUUUUAGCCACAAACAGAGAGAAAGAGUUUCAGAGUCAUUUGACUUCACAUGAGCGAGAGUCAGAAAUCCAGAUUUUGAAGGACAAGCUGAUGCUUGCAGAAAGCAAAACAACAAGCCAGAUUAGAGAGAUAGCACAGCUUCGCAGUAAAGCUGCACAGCUGCAGAUGGAUCUAGACAUUGCAAAAAGGCAGCUAACUACAGAACGAUUUGAAAGGGAGAGAGCAGUUCAGGAGAUGCGUCGCCAUGGUCUAAGUACUUCCUCUUUGCGGACUUCAUCACCUCUUGAUUCCUCUCCUAGAUCACACUCACAUUCCCCAGAGCAUUCAGCUUUGAAGACACCUGAACAAUCAACAGACAAAUCAACAGAAAAGAGUGUCAGUUUCAAAGAACAGUCGUAGCAGAAAUCAGAUAAGUGAUGUCAACUGUUGGACCAUGCUGCACAUCGUCCACAUCUGUGAACUCUACCUCUCAGUAUUUUGGAUGAUUCAAUGACUCCAGGAAGUGUUCUGUUAUAGAAGAUAGAAAAAAAAUUGUGGUCUUCACUAUUCGUUUUUCUAGACUGAUUGAGUCAAAGUACCACUCAGUAAAUUUUGUACAGUGUUUAUAUUUCUUCAGUAAGAACUAGUAAUGUCUUAAGUGGACAUCCUUCUGUGAUGUUUGACUUAAUCAACUUGUGUUUAGCCAUAGCCAUGUUGUCAGCCUUCAGAGAGAAUUUUUUUAUAACCUGGCAUAAAAUAAACUUCUCAUGCCCAUUAUGAUUAUGCAAGAGGAUGGUCCUCUCUACCUAAUGUAACUUGCGCUGAGAUUGACAAACUACAAGGAAGGUCAUGUUACUGUAGCCAGAUUUGCCCAUUCACUCUCCAGUACUCAACCAAAUAGGCUUUACCUAUGGAGGUGGUGAGCAGUUUAGUGAUUAACCUGCAGGAACAUGACAUCAGAUUACUAUACUAAUUUACUUUUAGGACAAAUGGGUAUUUUUAUCCCAUUGAAAAUGGGCCUUCUAUUCAGAUAGUAGUGGUAUUUCAAAAGCUUGUGUCUAAAUGUUUGACUGUAUCUAAGACAAGUAUGGACAAUAGUAAUUUUUAUUUGUACAGAAUGCAUGAAAUCCAUGGUGUCAUGCCAGACAUUGUUCCAUUUAGUAUUCAAAGAAUUAAAACUCUUCUAUAAAUUUGCGAUAGUACAGUUGCCUGAUAAAACACCAGGGUCUCUGCAGCAGUAGAUUUUGUAACAAAACUCAAAUGUAAUCAGUCACUGAACAAAAGUCAAGAAAAUGUGCCCAAAAGUCCAUAUCCAGUGGCAUUAUAACUUCACUCUCCAUAAUAUUUUAGGCCAAGAUGGAGACCAGUAUCUUUCUUUAGGAAAUUCAUUUAUACAGAGUAACUGACGGUUAUUUUAAAUUAUCUUUCUUUCUUAUUUAUAAAAUGUGAGCUUAGGUUGAAUAAAGAACAAUCCAUUGCCUGUAAGUGUGAUUUCAGGAUAACAUUGGUGCUUUGAUACAGUCCAUCUAAUUUUGAUGGAAGAUAAACCAUAUUAAAUAUAUGCACCCUUUGUAUGUGAUGUUAAGUAUGCUUUCAGUCAGCAUGUGGUCAAAUAACAGAUGGCACAGUAGUGUUACAGAUUUGCACUAAGGAAUUUUAGAUUUAUUUUUUGAAUGCAGGAUAAUGUGUGUAAUUCAAAACUGUAAACAAAAAGGUUUGGUACUGUAACUUUAUAAUAUGUUCUACUUUUAAGAACAAAAACAUGUUUACUGUGUUGUUUAGUAGGAACUAGGUCACUAACCAAUCUGAAAAUCUUAUGAUUAUGUGUAUUCUGCAGUCAGUGCUUUCAAGCAAAGCAUUAGUUUCUUGCACUUGAUUAAUGCCCAGGAUAACAAAUUGCACUAAGCUAUGUCUUCAUGCAUUACAGGAUGUGAUACAUCAAAGAUCUUACUCCAUCUUUGCCUUUCUUGAAACCUCCAACAUGUCAAAUCAUUAGUAUACAUGUUUCUAACAGAACUAUGCACAUUUCUGUUUAAAAAACUAUUCUUGUAGUCAACAUUCAACACUUGUUAAAUUCCACACAGGAAACAUUUUAAUUCAUCAUCCCCAUGUAAGCUUUUGUUGGCCAAGUGUUACUGACUGCAAAAUGCUAUAAAUUCAGAAGUCUGGGUUUACUUUGUGGCCAUGAACCUAUUAACAGUGGUGGAAGUGUAUCUUUUGUAAGUCCAUCUGCUAAUGAAUACGAAGAGCUACACAACUUUCUGCUCCUCUUGUUUGUUUAAAGUUAGCAUGAUGUAUUAAUUGCUGUUAGAAAACUGUGGGCCUGUCAGAGGAUUUGCACUCAUUUGCCACCUUUGAAAUUCUAUUGGGGUUUUGCUCAUCACUUUAGUAGUGGUUUCCUAGGCUUGCCAAAUAGAAUAUAUUGCACAGUGAUUAUCAGAUCCACGUAUCACAGCUGAAGAUGUAUUGGAAGAAGGGACUCUCCAGUCUGACACCAGUAAUGACAAAGUGUUAAAAACAUGUGGAGGGAUGUGGUUAUGGCUACUUGACUGGAUCAUUGUAGAGCUGCAAGUACCCAUGGAGCAUUUGCUGUUCCAGGCCUUGUAUUGUCCAUAUAAUUUUAACUGCUUUUAACAUCCUAAAUUUCAUUUCCUUAUCACCAAAACGUUUGUUUUUACCUAUGUAGUAUGGGAAAAGACAAACUGCUAACAGAUGUGUGAAUAAUUUGUAGAACUGAGGUCAGCUGAUAUUUCUAAUGAACCAUGUGACAUUGCAGUAGUCAAACUGUAUGUAUAUUAUGUACCCUGUGGCAUCACCCUUACAUUAUCAGUUAUGCAGUAGCAUCAUCAGCGUACCUUUUGUUCAGUAUAGUUACUUCAGCAGAAUAUCAUGUUCCACUUUUAGGUGAUAUAUGUGGUUUCAUUCCACUUUUAAAUUAAAAUGUGUCCACUAUCUAGCUGACUUUUUUCCCAGUGCCAUCCAUGCCGAGUAACAGUUGUGUCAAAUCUUAUUGGCCAUCUUUAUGGGAAAUGUGUAGAAUCUGUACUACACAUAUUCUGUGGGAAAAAAGGUAUACCAACAGUUGUACUUUUUGUUUUAGAAAUAGUUUGCUGAAGCAGCAGUACUAAUCCCUACAUUUUACAUCUGAUAGCAUUAAAUGUCUUACCAUACACAUCCAUGUCAUGUAGACAAAAAUGGGUAGUGUCUUUUGCAUUUUUUCAGUAUUCUGACUACACUGAAGUAGUACUGUUGGUAGAUGUGCUUCAAAAGACAAAUGUAGAUAGGAAGUAGAGCAGAUUAUUUGGCAAGGAUAUUGAGAAUGCCAUUGGCUGUUAGCUUCUAACAUGAUGCCCAAUAUGUCUUGUCAUUUUGAUAUACUAGAGAUGCAGACUGUCUGGAAAACAUUCAGAUUUCUCCUAUUUCUGAGGUGAAAAAAGGUUUACAGUUCAUGGUUCUUGCAAGUUAAGCACAGUCUGCAGUUAGUCUUGAAUUAUUUUUAAGUGUGAUUUUUUUGCCCUGUGCCUGCCUGCCAUCAAAGCUUCUCAGAAUUGGAAAGCCUAUUUUUGAUGUUCAUUAUAUUCAUCACAGUUGCAGUAGCCUUAACUAUAUGGGUUAUAUCCUGUCAAGGAUAGAACAGCCAGCUCUCUUCCAAAGCUUCAGGACACCCUCCACAUGCCCAAAUUCUCAGGCAUCUCAAACUAAGAUGACUAAAAGGUAAGUUUGGGUACCAAUCUCCCCAGAGCUUUACUGCCACUGAAGAGUAGGCUCCUGUGAGGCUUUCCAAGUAUCAACGGUUGGCUUAUGCUUCUCCUUUGUUGAGCAGAUAAGUUCCCUUUGGGGAAAAAGACUUCCAUUUAAUAGUUUUGCUUAUUAUACUUUCCUCUUCAGCAAAGUUAUUUUAAAGCUAGGAGUUUGCGUUUUAAUGGGCUGUCACAAGACAAUAGCUCCUUUUCCUGUCAUUUAAAAGCCAUUUAAAGUGACCAAAACAAUUUUUAUUAUGAAGAAAGUGUAUAUUUUACUUUGUGUGGCUGGCAAAGUGUUUUAAUGUGGUUUUUACUGUGUCUGAGGGAAAAGUGACUUUUAUGGACUUAUUUUAACUGGCAUUCAGGUUCAUAGGUAGGUAUUAGGCUAUUGGCCCUAGGGCCUAUAUAAGCCUAGCCAAAAGGUACCCUGGC